CAUCGGGCGAAGAUUUAUCAGGUGUUUCUCGGCUAGUUUUGUGUUGGCGGCUGCGUAUCUGGUGCGCCCGAUUGUCCGAUUAGUUCUAGCCUGUGCCGUGAGCCGAGCAGUAGCCGCGCACGAUGUCAAAGUCACCGGCAUCGGCGCCGGACCGCGUCGAGCUGGACGAUUUGCUCGAGGAAGUGGGUCACUUCGGACCGUUUCAGCUGUGGCAGUGCACGCUGCUGCUGCUACCCGUCAUCUUUACCGCUUUUUCGAACCUUUGCUACGUCUUUACCGCCGGCGACUUGCACUAUCGCUGCCACGUUCCUGCGUGUGAAAAUGCAUCCACUACGGCGCUGUACACGCCGGACUGGCUACGGGACGCGGUGCCGUUUCACGGGAAGCCAGAGCUGCCCGCGAAAUGUGACCGCUAUCACGUGAUACCGGCAAGUGAGGAUUUCGUGUGCGAUGCUGCUCGGUUCAAUCAAAGUGCCAUCGAACGGUGCUCAGAGUUCGUGUACGCCGAUCCCACCGAAAGGACUAUCGUGAACGACUUCAAUCUAACGUGCGAAGGGAACCUCUGGAAGGUAACGCUCGUCGGCACCGUGCACAGCAUCGGCCAGUUUGUGUCGCUCGCCAUGUCGGGCAUCAUUUCCGAUCGAUUCGGGCGCCGCUGGACGCUGCUGCUGUGCGUUGGGGUCGGAGCGGUACUCGCGAUCAUACGCUCCUUUGCCGCCAGCUACGGUGCCUUCAUCACGCUCGAGUUUGUCGAGGCAAUGUUUGGCUCCACCAGCUACACGACCGCGUUCAUCCUCAGCCUCGAGCUCGUCGAGCCGAGGUUGCGUGUCAUUGUGAAGAGCGUGAUACUGGUCGCGUAUGCGCUGGCCGAAGCCGUGCUCGGAUUGCUGGCGAUGACGUUCCGCGACUGGCGGACGCUUUCGAUCGUGCUGUUCGUGCCGGGCGUACUGUCGAUUCCGCUGCUUUACACCACGGUCGAAAGCGUCCGAUGGCUGCUCACCAAGGAUCGGCAAUCGGAUGUGGUAAACAUCCUGCAACGGGUGGCCAAAGCGAACGGCCGUCCUCCACUGCCCAACAGCACGCUGGACGAGUUUUACCUGCAGCAGCGGGCCAAGCUCGAGGCCGAGCAGGCGGCUGACGGUGGGAAGCGCAAAACCUUUCUCCAGCUGGUCGGCGAAACCUGCCAGCACCGGCGAUUGCUGCUGCGGAUCGCCAACUGUGCCUUCUGCUGGUUCACCAACGCCAUGGUGUACUACGGGCUCACACUCAACUCGGUCACGCUGGCCGGGGACAAGUACAGUAAUUUUAUCUUCAUCACGCUGGCCGAGAUACCCCCAUCGUUGGCUAUCAAUUUCAUACUGAAUCGAUUCGGCCGCCGGAAAACGCAAUGCGGCUCGCUGCUACUGUCCGGCCUGUUCUGCCUGCUGGCGCUGACAGCUCUCAAAGACAUCACCUGGCUGAAUGUGAGCCUGUUUUUAAUGAGCAAAAUGGCUAUCUCGCUGUCCUUCUCCACGCUCUACAUCUACACGGCGGAAAUCUUCCCCACCAACCUGCGCCAGAGCUUCAUCUCAUUCUGCUCGAUGGUGGGCCGGUUCGGGUCCAUGCUGGCCCCCCAGAUGCCGCUGCUUCAGACCCUCUGGGCACCGCUGCCGAUGGUGCUGUUCGGCUCGGUGGCCGUCCUGUCGGGCAUUUUGAUACUGGAGUUUCCCGAAACGACCGGCGUCACGCUGCCCAACACACUCGAGGAGGCUAUCGAGCUGCACAGUCGACGCCAGCGGUCUGCCGACGGUGCCGAGAAGGGGUCCUAUUCUAGUCCGGGAUGAGUAUGACGUUCCAGUGGAAAGCUUACCCUGAAAUACAUUUCAAUGAUUUUCAUUAGUUAUUUACACCUGAAUAGAACUCAUUCAAACAUAACAGA